UAACAAACCUCUAGUUUCUACUAUGUGAUCAUCAUUCACAUCAUCGCUUGGGUCUACGCCUGGGUCAUCCAAGAAAAAUAUACUGCCAAUCCUCCGUCCUACGACUGGGCUGACAAGGGUUUUGUAGAGGGAUUUUUUGUCAUUAUGCUAUGGUGUAUGUCUCCUCAGCCCUUACCCAUGCAACAAAUCUAAUCCUUGAAUUAUAGACUUCAGUCAACAGGCCCUGCAGAAUUGGCUUUACUAUCUUUUGUCCACCAUGACGGAUAACAUUUCCGAACUAUCUCGUUUCUCUGGCAUUCUCCGCGGCCAGGAAAGUUUCUCCCAGGCCAUCUCCUUCGGCAUCAACACGCGCAACUGGCAUGGAGGAAGGGUUCCUCUUGCAAUUAACACGAUCCUCCUGGGUCUCGCGGUGUUCCCUACCUGGUGGGUUGUUAAGAACCAUAACCCAAUUGAACACGAUAAGACGGCACCCCGCGAUGUUCAAGAUGAAGAGCAGGGUGUUGUAAAAGAUGAAACGGUAGAGUCUUCGGACAAGGGAGGCUAUGUAAUUGGGGAGACUUCCACGACGAAAUAACUGGCUAGAUGCAUGGCAGCUGUUACCGAGCGGCUUUUAAGCGGUUCGAUGCUCAUGACAGAUUUUGAUGAAGAUUAUAGGACUUAUAGAAUGCAUCGGCGUAUAAUGCAGAACUACCACGUGA